CACCAGACCACCACACCUCCCGGCCGGCCGCAAGCUUCCCCUUUGACCGCCCGCGCCACCGUCUCGCGACGCACCGGCCGGCGGAACACCUGCUCAGCGGCGGCCAGGAGGUCGUGUGGGGGGGAUUGGAGGAGGCCGGCCGCGCGGCUGAGAUGGAUCCCGUGGCGGCUGCUGCGGCGCACGGCGGCGGGCACCACUUCGCGCCGCCGGCGCCGUUCCACCCGUUCGCGCACCACUUCCCGGGGCAGCACCCGGCGUUCCAGCAUUUCCAGGAGCAGCUCAUGGGAGCGGGUGGCGCGCCGGCGAAGCAGGAGCUCGCCGACGACAGCAACACCAUCAACAGCGCCGGGAGCAACGGCAGCGGCGGCGACGGCGGCGCGGACCAGCACCACCACCAGCAGCUGGCGGCUGCGGCGGGCGAGGAGCAGGCGCCGCAGCCCAUGGUGAUGCGGCGCCCCCGGGGCCGCCCGGCGGGGUCCAAGAACAAGCCCAAGCCGCCGGUGAUCAUCACGCGGGACAGCGCCAGCGCGCUGCGCGCCCACGUCCUCGAGGUCGCCGCGGGGUGCGACGUCGUCGACAGCGUCGCCGGGUUCUCGCGCCGGCGCCAGGUCGGCGUCUGCGUCCUCAGCGGCGCCGGCAACGUCGCCAACGUCUCCAUCCGGCAGCCCGGGGCCGGGCCCGGCGCCGCCGUCAACCUCGCCGGCCGCUUCGAGAUCCUCUCGCUCUGCGGCUCCUUCCUCCCGCCGCCGGCUCCCCCGUCCGCCACCGGCCUCACCGUCUACCUCUCCGGCGGGCAGGGCCAGAUCGUCGGCGGCGCGGUCGCCGGCCCGCUGGUCGCCUCCGGGCCCGUCGUGAUCGUCGCCGCCUGCUUCGGCAACGCCGCCUACGAGCGCCUCCCCCUCGACGACGACGAGCCGCCGCAGCACCAGCAGACGCCGCAGGGCCUGGCCGGCGGACAGUCCUCCUCCUCGCCGCCUCCGCAGCUGCCAAUGGGCGCCGGGCACCCUCACCCACCGCCAUCCCUCGCCGACCAGCUCCCCCACAGCCUCAUGAACGGCCUCCCGCUCCCCGGCGACGCCUACGCGUGGGCCGGCCCCGGAGGCGGCGGCGGCGGCGCCGGCCGCGUCGCCCCGUACUGAUCGAUCGCCGGACAUGGAAACAGGGAGAGCAAGCAAGCAAGCAAAGCAAACAAGCGCGCGCUGCAAUGCAAGCUUCGUCGUCAUCGCCAUCGACAUGCAGCAUGGUAGAAUCGAUCGAUCGAAGCUAAGAGUUAUUUCAUCCAUCUCUCUCCCGCUUCCGCUGAUUACCCGGCCUCUCUUCUCUUGCUGUUCUUCCUUGGUGUAAUCAAUCAGCCAUGGAUGGUUAAUCACCCACCCCUGCCUGUAGUAGUGUAAUUUCCCCGUAGUGCUUUGGAACUGUUAAUCUGCGGUUAAUUUUCUUUCACUUCCA